AUGGACGCCGGGUUCUCAUCGUCCUCGCCACCGGCGCCGCUGCGCAUCGUCAUAGUCCCGUGGCUCGCGUUCGGCCACCUUCUGCCGUACCUGGAGCUUGCCGAGCGGCUGGCGUCGCGUGGCCACUGCGUGUCCUACGUCUCCACGCCGCGCAACCUUGCACGGCUCCCGCCGCUGCGCCCGGCCGCGGCGCUGCGAGUGGACCUCGUCCCUCUCCCGCUGCCGCGUGUCGAUGGUCUCCCCGACGGCGCCGAGUCCACCAACGACGUCCCCGACGAGAUGCGUGAGCUGCACUGGAAGGCCUUUGACGGCCUCGCCGCGCCCUUUGCGGAGUUCUUGGCGGCCGCGUGUGCCGAUGAGGACAGGAGACCUCACUGGAUCAUAGCCGACAGCUUCCACCACUGGGUCGCCGCCGCCGCUGUCGAGUACAAGGUGCCAUGCGCGAUGUUUCUCCCGACCGCCGCCGUGAUCGCUGCCGUGCAGUCCCCGCCGUCGGAUCACGAAGGAGCGCGCGCUGUGACUCGCCCCCGUUACGAGAAGGAGGAGGCGAAACCCCUGUAUGACGACCAAGGCGUGUCGGGUAUGUCCCUCGUCCAGCGCUGGUCGUUGACGAAAGAGAGGUGUACGGUCGGGGCCAUCAGGAGCUGCGUCGAGUGGGAGCCCGAGUCCUUCCACCUUGUGUCGACGCUCCUCGGCAUGCCGGUCUUGCCCCUCGGCCUUCUGCCGCCAUCCGACGACGGAGGCCGGCGACGCCCCGGGACCAGCACGGCCAACGGAUCGGAGCACGCCACCGUGCGUUGGCUGGCCACACAGCCACCCGGCUCAGUGGUGUACGUGGCGCUGGGGAGCGAGGUGCCGUUACGCGUGGAGCAGGUGCACGAGCUGGCUCUCGGGCUGGAGCUCGCCGGGACACGCUUCCUCUGGGCCCUGAGAAAGCCCAGCGGCGCCGCCGUCCUAGAGGACGAUGCUGCGGCCUCACUUCCUCUCGGCUUCCAGGAGCGCACACAUGGCCAGGGGAUGGUGACCACAGGGUGGGUUCCUCAGAUGAGCAUCCUGGCGCACGCCGCCGUGGGCGGGUUCCUGACGCACUGCGGCCGGAACUCGCUCAUCGAAGGACUACUCUUCGGGCACCCGCUCGUCAUGCUGCCCAUCAUCGGGGACCAAGGGCCGAAUGCGCGCCAAAUGGAAAGGAAGAAGGUAGGAUUGCAGGUGGCGAGGGAUGAGAACGAUGGGUCGUUCAACCGCAAUGGCGUCGCCAGCGCGGUCCGGGCCGUCAUGGUUGAUGGAGAAGCCAGGAGCGGCUUCGUGGCAAAUGCACUGAAGAUGCGGCAGGUUGUAGCCAAUAAGGAACUCCAAGAGGGGUACGUCGACCAAUUCGUACAUCAGCUUAGAUCGUACGCCCAUGCAGAUGCAAACUGCUGAAUAUCUGAUGCAUGCCAGUGUCUCGCUUACUUCAUGAAUAACAACUUGAAAUCGUGUGGUUC